AAGACACCACCACCAUGCAGGCUCCCUCAAGAUCAUUACAGAAAGUGUUAGACUCACCACACAGUCUCAUCUGGUGCUGCUGCAUGACAUUGGUCCACAUUCUUUGAACGCCGCCCUUCCUUUUUGUACGGCUGUCUGCAAUGUCGUCCUUCUUCUUCUCUACACCGGUCGACAUCGACAUCGUACUUGACAAUGCCGAUGAUCGCCAGACAGUCGAUGUCAAGCUUGACAAGAGCCGACGCGAAAAGGCGCCCCUCUAUUUCGAUGGCGAGUCCGUCAAGGGUGCGGUCACAAUCAGACCCAAGGAUGGGAAGCGCUUGGAGCAUACGGGCAUCAAGGUUCAGUUCGUGGGUUUAAUAGAAAUGUUCUUCGAUCGCGGAAACCACUAUGAAUUCCUUUCUCUCGGCCAAGAGCUCGCGGCUCCUGGCGAACUACAACAUCCUCAGACUUUCCCCUUCAACUUCAAGAACGUCGAGAAGCAAUACGAAUCAUACAAUGGCAUCAAUGUCAAGCUUCGCUACUUUAUCCGCGUCACUGUGUCGAGAAGAAUGGCCGAUGUGAUACGAGAGAAGGACAUUUGGGUAUACACAUACCGGAUACCUCCCGAGACAAACAGCUCGAUCAAGAUGGACGUUGGCAUCGAGGACUGUCUGCACAUUGAAUUCGAAUAUUCCAAGAGCAAAUACCACCUGAAAGAUGUGAUCGUCGGCAGAAUAUACUUCUUGCUGGUCAGAUUAAAGAUCAAGCACAUGGAAUUGUCCAUUAUUCGGCGGGAGACGACGGGUGUCGCUCCAAACCAGUACAACGAAAGUGAAACGUUGGUACGAUUCGAGAUCAUGGAUGGGUCUCCAUCAAGAGGAGAAACGAUACCAAUACGAUUGUUCCUCGGUGGCUUCGAUCUUACGCCAACGUUCCGAGAUGUCAACAAGAAGUUCUCCACCAGAUACUACCUGAGCCUGGUUUUGAUUGAUGAAGAUGCGCGACGAUACUUUAAGCAAUCCGAAAUCGUGCUAUUUCGACAGGCACCCGAGCUCGCUCCCCAACUAGCGCUCGAUAAUCCAGGCAUUGGUGGCAAACUUCCCGAUCCAGUCCCGCCGGUACCUGCUUGAUUUGAUUCAUCCGGAGACGGAAUCUUGGUUUUUACUUCACCGCCAUUACACAUCACAUAUCAUCUGUCCAGGCCUGGAACCUGGAGAAAAAGGUCACCUGGAUGACAAUGACAUUCGACCCUUGCAUGCAUGUAGCUGUUGGGGCCUCAGCUGUAUCUAUCUGCACGGUGUGAUCGGGAAUCCCAAACAUGCCAUCAUUACUGGGGGGCGUGCCGAGGGCCUCGUGAUCAGGCCGAAAAGGGCCAUGGCUAGCUGGGGCGUUGCUUUACCGCCAUUUUGAUACCCCUCGACCUUUGGGCCUAUGUAGGCAUCCCAUCAGGCAGGGAUGCAUUGGGUCUCCUGCGCCCGAAAGACGUUGCUGCCCCGUAGUCUACCUAGUGAAUGGCACGGGGAGAUUUUCUAGUUUAGACGAACACUGGGGAAAAAAGCGCAACUUUGCAACCCUGGAGGUGUGAUUGAACCUUGUUUUUUCUUCAACGUGGC